GUCGCGCGCGCGGCGUUGCCAUGGGGACGAGCGGCCCCGGCUGAAGGUUUUCGUGCUUGGAAACCGCGCCUUCGCGGAGGUAGCGGUUCCCUGACCUAGCGAUGGCACAGAACACUGAAAACCACGACCCUGUCGGAUCCAUCUUAAUCCAGAUCCAUGAAGACCUUUAUCAGUUAAAGGAGAAAUUAACAAAAUUCUCACCUGAGGAAAAAGGAGAGACUCUAGACGUUCAGAGUCUUGAAACAGCAAUCAAAAGGACUGAAGUGGGGUUAAGAAUUCACAUUGAGAAGUAUUUAAAUGUUGUAAACCAGAAUGUAUUAACGACUUCUGUUAAUGAUGAGAGCUUAUAUACUCCCCUGGCUUCCAAAUGGUUACUUCCGACUGUAAUUGAUCAGAAAUCAUUUAUUUUCCCUCAGGAAUCUGAGGGUACACUUUGGCAACCCCAAAGACAGCUCCGUUCAUCUCUGCCUGUCUUUCCAAGAGCAAAGCAAAAGAUAGGGUUGAAUGUAAAAAUCAUGCAGGAUCCUGAAAACAUCCACCACAGAGCUGCUGUAAAUGCGAACUAUGGAAUCAGUUUGCCAUAUAUUAAUCAGAGAAAAGCAUGUGUAAAGGUUCCGAAGUUAAUCAAAGGGUCUAACAUAUCCAAACUCACGGUUCUGCCAUCUUCUCAUCGCACAGAUCCCUAUUUCACUCCUAUACCAGUCUUACAAGCAGAUGCCCACAAAGGGAUUUUAAGUAUGAUAGAACGAGGGCUGAUUCCACCAACAGCAAGGAUUACCUUUCAGAAUCCACCCAUUACACCCAGAGCAGCUCCUCUGCAUAGUUUUGAUGAAGCACGUAAGAUUCCAACUGCAGCCACUUUCACUAUACCUCGGGAACCACCUCCAUCUCCAGCAGAAGUGAAGUUCUUUCCCAAGAAACAAAGAUCAAAGGGGAAAAGCAGAAGGUCAAGAGGACAUCAUGAUAGGAAGGCCAUGAAAGUCACAACACCUUCGAGAGCCCUGAAAUCAUUGUGGGAUUAUGAUUUUUUAAUUUAUGAUGGUGUCAUAGACAAUACAGCCCCAGACUUCUUAGCAUUCAAGGAACAUUUUAGCUUAGCUUGGGGAGGUAUUUUUUCUCUCUUGGAACACGUCGAGAAGUUUCUCAGGAACUAUGCAAUACCAGAAGUCAAAAUAAAAGGCAAUAAUCUGGUGGCCCUCCUUCCAGAGUUUGAGCUGACGAAUAAACUUACCAGAUAUGACUUUCUGUCAGUGUUAGAGGACCCAGCUCAUGUCCAAAUGCUGAUAAAUCUUCCAGGGCAAAGGUACAAGGGCCAAGAUGGAAAUUCGGAGGCCGCCAUGAAGAUCCAAGCCACAUGGAAAUGCUACAAAGCAAGAAAAUUCUUCCUCAUUUAUCGCCAGCAGAAGUGGGCAUCAGGUGUGAUUGCCAUUGCCUGGCUGUUACAUUGCCAUAAGACUCGACUAAAGAAGAUACUAAAGGAAUCACGUCAGAGACACCUGGAGAAUUUCCGCAUUCGAGCCAAGCAUCUGGCAGCCAACUGGAAUCGCAUCAGGACCUCCAGGAGGACUAUUAUCCAUAUCCCAUCAUUAGGGUAUUCCCAGCCUGUGAGAGAACAUAUUGCCAAUUUCAACACACAGCAGAACAUGCAGCUGGGGAGGCUGUGUGACAUCUUAGAUGCCAAUGUGAAUGUCAUCUACAUCUGCUCCCAUCAUAUGAAUGACGAGUUAGUGCUGUAUUACAAAAAAAUCCUAAGUCUACAUGCAGCCGUCAAAUCAGGGAACCUUGAGGACAGAAGUGACCUGCAGGACAGGUUCAAAAUUAUCACCCCUGAAGCUGUAAACAUCUUCCCUAAGCAUCAUAUGUGCCUGGCCACUCACCUGAUGUACAGUCCCAAGGCAAUCAAAAGAAUAAAAAAUCUCAUCCGAGGAACAGAGGCCUACAUCGUCAGCGGGCUCCUCCACACAGAUGAUUUAGCUGUGGCCGAUAUGUUAGACAUACCCAUCCUGGGCUCUGAGCCUGAACUAGCUCAUCUUUAUAGUACCAAAUCUGGAGGUAAACGUGUCUUUGACAGUGCCAAUGUGGCAGUUCCUCCUGGAAUAUAUGACAUUUAUAGUCAGCAACAGAUGAUAGAGCAGCUGAGUCAGCUGAUAACUGAUCACCUGCAAAUACAGCGUUGGCUCUUUAAAAUGGACUCUGAGUUCCGAGGAAAUGGGACUGCAUUUUGUGAUAUUCCUUCCUACCUAAAGUGCUACAAAUGGGUGCUAAAGGAGAGUAGCAGAUAUGGCCUUGAAGACUGGAGAAAGAAAUGGGCACAAGAGCCAGCCUUGGUGAAGAUCUCCGAGGAGCUGGCGGGCAUUUUAGCACAGCACGCACAGCCAGUCAAUGAGAAACGGUUCCCGACGUGGAGGAAAUUCCUCCAAACAUUUCUCAGUCAAGGGGGUGUGAUCGAAGCAUUCCCACCUGCAGACAAUGUCACCAACCUGACAGUGGACAUGCUGAUAGAGCCCAAUGGGAAAAUCAGCGUGCUGUCAACAGGGGACCAGCUUCAUGCUGAAAGCCCCUUCAUCUCCUCUGGUACCACCAUGCCUCAGACCUCAGUGGAUCCCCAAGUUCUCACUUAUUUGUGCCUCCAAAUUGGAAAAGCCUGCAGAAUGAGAGAUGUGGUGGGUUACUUUUCUAUAGAUCUGGUGACUUUUAUAGAUCCAAGCACCUUGGAACAACAGGUGUGGGCAACGGGCCUUAACCUCGCAUAUAGUGACCAGCUGGCCCUGACUCAACUCACCUUAUACCUAACAAAUGGCCAUCUGGAUUGCAGUUUGAGCACCCUGGAAGUGCCCCGCUUUGUUCCAAAGGAAAGGAAGAAAACCAACCGCAUUAGUGCGCUAUCAGUGCCGACGCUGGCAACCAGUCGCUAUGCAGUGAUGACCACACAGCUAAGACACAGCAAUCUCUCACUCGUUUUCCACUACGUUUUUCUCCAGAUCUGUAGGGCCCAUGGCAUUGGCUAUGAUCUUGAGGACAGAAAAGGAACUGUUUUUAUAUUAUAUGAGCACCUGAAGAGACACAAGUUGGGAAUGUUAACAAUUGGCGAGGAUCUCCAGGGGGUCCUCAUGACCUUUGCUCGCAAUCUCUUCAUCAUCCAUCAAGAAAUAUCAGCACCUAAUAUGCAAGGCGAGACCAAUUUUAAGACCACCAUUGCUGAUAUUGAAACUAUUCUAAGAGUAACAAAGGAAAACAAAAUGAGAUUUGAAGCGGAGCAACAGUCCAAAGAUGACAAAAACCUCUCUAAACCCAAGAAAUGAUCCUGGAAUACAGUACAUAACAUUUUGGAUCCCAGUCUGGAAUAAAAAGGGCAAUUUUUUUUUCUGUUAAAAAUAAAAGCCAGGGGAAAUUGGUUUGCUUUGUGUACUAGGAGGUGAAUCAGAACAGAUUAUAAUGAAAUGCUCUUUUUAAAACAUUGUUUAUUAAAUGAUCUUAUUUUACUUAUUAAACCAAAA